AUGUCUCACACUCACACUCCUCCUGAGGAUGACCUCGACCUCGACAUGACAGCUUCAAUUCAAGCACAAAUCACCCCAUCCGUCCAUGAUUCCGCGGAUACAUUCUCCUAUACCCUUCCACCUCGGCCAAACCCUUCUGCAGAUACUGGGCUUGCGAUGGAUGCGAGCAAACACGACCCCAAUGCCUCUCCACCUUCUCCGAGCAGCAUGGAUGUCUUCACGAUAGGCCCCAUUACCGCCCUCAAAUUGCUAUGUGCAGGAAUAGAAGCACUGGUUAGGAUAACCGGCGACAUCCCACCAACACCCCCUCCAACGUGCUCGACACCACCACAUAUGCGAGGCAUGCAGGCAGAGAAGGAGAGCAUUGCGAGAAGCAAUUCAUACAAAAACCUGGGCGAAUUACACAAGAGCGAUUCCUAUAAAAAUCUUGCCGAGCUACACAGACGCCCAAGAACGCCCUCUCCGUGCAGUGCAAGUUCGGAUGAGAUUGACGGCGUGACCUUCCGAAAGACACGUCUCGGCAAUUCCGCUCGUGCCCCGACACCACCAUAUAUCAUCAUUGGCGAUAAUGCAGAACCCUUAAACGUCCAACAUAGCGCCAUUACACGAAAAUUCUACUCAAAAGAACCUCCUCCCAUCUCGUUAGAAGACUAUCUCAUGCGCAUACACAAUUUCUGUCCUAUGUCUACGGCUGUCUACCUCGCGACGAGCUAUUAUAUCCACAAGCUAGCAGUUGAUGAACGGGCUAUUCCAGUCACACGUCGAAAUUGUCACCGAUUGUUACUGGCCGGUCUCCGAGUUACCAUGAAAGCAUUAGAAGAUUUAAGCUAUCCACAUAGCCGAUUCGCAAAGGUGGGAGGGGUCAGUGAGAAUGAGCUGGCCAGACUGGAGAUCAGCUUCUGUUUUUUGACCAACUUCGAAUUCAAGACGAGCAAAGAAUUACUUCUAGAACAUGCAAUCAAUCUAAAGGAGAUUGCUUCUCUGCAAGGAGCGGUGAACUUCGUGCCCAAGUUGCCGAUGAAGAAAAAGCGACAGGAGGCUUAG